UGGGUAGCGUGGCCAGGUGGGGGGCGGAGCCCGGGGGACGCCCCCACAGCGGAGGCCCCGCCCCCAGGCGGGCGCGCUCGCCCCGCGGAGGGAGGAGGAGGAGGAGCCCCAAGAUGGCGACGGCCAGUAAGCUGCCCCUCACCUGGGAUAUUCCACCCCUCAAUGGCCAUGAUGUGUAUUUCUCACGAGACAUUUAUGAAAAAUAUUCACUGGCGCCAACCCUCGCUGAGUUAUUGUUACUACCAAAAAGGCACACAGAAGACAAUGCAAAUGCAUCCAACUCUGGACAAAAAAGUAGGACUUCUAAUGGACGCACUGCAGGAAAACCAGUCAAAGGGCAGGCUGAGCCUUCUGCAAAUAUUGCACCUUUCCAAGAACCCAGGGUUCCUUAUCCUCAUUUUUCUAGUUUGACAGAGAAAGAGCAGAGGAGAUACUUGUUUCAGUUGUCUAAAGACUCACAUGCUGAUCCACAUCUGCAAAUGAGAGAAUUUGUGAGCAAAGAAGUUGCAGAGUUCUUGAAGUUUGCCCAGAACGCUGCCAGAAGUUGCACUAAAGAUUAUGAGACCUUCUCUGCAGAGGCGGCACUUUACACCCAGCAAUUUUUAAGCUCUUGUAUUGGUUAUGUGAAGAAGUAUCCUGAAUGCUAUACCCUACAUGAAGUUACCAGCAUCAUGGGAGGACGGUUUAGCACAGAGUUGACAUUAAAACUGGAAAAAAGCCUUCUCACUUUGGGAAAGGUGAACCUCAUCAAGCGAAAGUUUGCAAAACUGCCGGUGCAGCUACUGUUACCUGCCGAUCAUAAAAAUGAAUUCUAUAUUGCAGCUCCAGAACAGAGAGCUUCCAUGCUGCACAAGGAAGUUAGUACAGAUCCUAAUGCUGAAAAACUUGCAGGAAAGUACUGUCCUCAGGUUGUGCUUACGAGUGAGUCGUUAUAUACAUUGUUGAACAAUCAUGGCUCGGACUACAAGAACCAGUGGGAACUCCCCGUUUCUGUGAAAGUCAUCUCUUCGGCAGGUUGCAAACCAGUUAAAGUGGUCUAUAUUGAUCCCCCUCUCCCAAGGAAAGAGAUGACAGUGAGAGAAAAGAACCAGAUUUUUCAUGAAUUUCUGGCAGAUUUUCACAUGACGAGACAAUCGUAUGUUUUGGCUCGUGCUGCAAUAUUGGAUAAGCCACAUGAGGAGCUGGUGGAUGCAAAACGUGAAGCUUGCCAGAGUAGGCAAAUACCCGACUCUGGGGACCUCGACUUUGACACUGAUGUCACGGAACUGGAGACCUUUGGCUCAGUCGCUGAAGGCAGGUCAAGUAUUCCGUCUUGCUGUAGUGAUACUGACGAGGAACCUUUGAUUAUCGACACAGCAGGUAGAAAUCAUGACAAUGCUAAAUCGAGCCCCGUGCCUUCUAACCAAGAACCUAUAAUAGACCCACCUGAGAUUCCCUGCACUCAGCAGCCCUUGUCAGGAAAACUGGGGGUUCCUGCAGAGAUUCCAGACCAAGAAGUGAAUGCUUCCAAAAAACCUUGUCAAAGAUUGUCUAAAAAACUGGAUCCUGUGGGGCAAAUUUUGAAAAUGCAAACUGAACUCCUCAGGGUACCCUCCCCAAAGGGUCACGGACAGGCGCAGAUGAACUCUGAAAGAAGCUUGAAUCGUACACCCUGUCAGGAAUGCCCAACCUCGAAAGCCUCGUCAUCCUCUGCUCUGGAGCCUGGAUCAAGUACGACUGCCGAUACUGGCAGCUCACGCAAGUUUACCUGGACAUCCUGCUUUCAGGGAUCUCAGAAAGGACUGCUUUGGGAUGGAGUUGAAGACCAUUCAGCAUACGAAACUCCUCAGCAGGGCAAUCUGGUCUACAAGCUGUUCAGCCUGGAUGACUUGCUGCUUUUGGUGCGCUGCACGGUACAAAAAUUAGAGCCAAGGCCACGUAGCAAGGAAGCUGUCGUCAAAAGGCACUUUCCAGUGUAUGCACUGCCUAAGCUAGAGUAUCAGGCCUUCUAUGGAGCAGAGGCAUUAACUGAAGGGGAAAUAUGUCGGAUGUGGACAGAGAGCUUAUUGCACUCCAGCAGUUCAUUUGUGGUUGGUCAUAUUGAUGCCCUUACAUCAAAACUCUUUCUGCUUGAAGAGAUCUCUGCAGAGAAUUUGAAGAAAAGAUUUGGCACCUUUAAGCCGACAAAUUCAUUGAAUAUUCUUCAACAUAUUUUGAAGAAAGUGGCUGGAUUGCAAGAGGGCUCUUACCUCUUGGCCCAUGCAGCCGGUGACUCCUCCGUUACGAUCUAUAAAAGCCCUCCUGAAAAAGCAACCAGCGUGUAUAACUUGCAUGCAGCUCACUCUGACCUGCCUGGUGUGCCUUCCAGCAUUUCUGUUCCUUGGGUCCCAUUAGAUCCCAGCAUCAUUUUGUCUUAUCACCUUGCUCAAGGACGUGUCCCGUGCACUUUCCCCCCUGAGCCAAUGCACACUGCAAAGAACAAGAAGAUGAGUGGGACAAGAGCAAACACAGACACACCCAACCGCAGAGAUCAAGUCUCCAUGGAAACCAACAGCAAUCGCCUGCUAGCUCACCCUUUUCGAAAGAGACGUGGGGCUGCACAGAGCCGGAAAAUGAGGAGAAAUCUCUACAAGCAAGCCAACCGGGGACCCAACUGGAAAUUCUGGAAAAAACCCAGCAUGAGCAAAGACGAAACAGUGUAGUCAUGUGGAGAAAACGCAGGUGGGGGUGGGGGAGGGCUACACGGACAAAUGAAGCAUGAGAGGCCUGGGGAAGACCUGGAUGGCUGGAAAGAUCUGCAAGGCGCUUUGAGGAAUGUGGCAGGCAGCUGCUGGAAAACCUGGACUCUUUCUGUCCUCAAGAGACCAGCUGGCUUAGGAUGGCUCUUUCUCACAUGGCCACUGAACACUUAGUUUGCAAUAGACGGCUGUUAACUGAGCCAAGGUGUAGCGAAUCAACAUGGGCAAACUUUUUGAACACUAAAAGUUUUUAUUUUGAUGUUUUGCUUUUUGUCAGCAAGAGAGUCUCUUUGGUGGGGGGAGUUACUUGCAACUAAAUGGUGCCUACUUUUUGGGCUAAAACAAACAUAACCGAGGAGAUUUGUGAUCAGGUCUCCUGCGUUCAAAACAAAACAAAGCAGGGCUUUAGAGGCAGGGUGAAGGUAGGAAAUUGGAUUGAGGAAGCGUUGUGGCACCGACAUUUCUCAUUGCGGCGCCAACAUUUCUAGGUCCUGCCCAACCUACACAUUGCUAUAAACACCGUUUAGAAUCUCUCAUUGAUUUAUUCUCAGCUGCACUAUUGGAAAGUGGGGAGAGAGAGACUCAGACAAGAGCUCUGGUGCAACACCACUGCCCAUUUAUACAUGGCGUUAACUGCUCAAACGGAAAACGCAUUGGACAUACCGACACGUUUUCAUUCAUGAGUCGCUUUGUUUAUGCCCUGUUGCCAUAGCAGACACCCUCUUCUCCCUCCCUUUGAAUUGUUUGAGUUCCCUAAUGACAAGGAGCAGAGUUUGCUUAGCGCUAUUGCUAAAUAUUCAAUUCCAUUUCAAAACUAUGAGUCCAGUCUGUGACCUCCCACAAGAGAAAUGCUUCAGCAGUGAGUCAUCUGCUCGAUAACAAGAGGGUGGGGAGCGGAAAACAUAGCUUUCAGCUCACUCAGAGGGGGAAAAGUUAUCCUUAACAAUCAAGGGAUUUUCUCAAUAUGUGUAUAUCAUGCUCUCAUCAGUUACUUAUGGCUGCAGAAUUAAUGCCUGGGAACCCCUAAUUAGCGACUGUGUAGGUUGAUAAGCAGCUGAAGCUUCGCUGAGAUGGGUGGGGUUUGCUCUCUUCUCCAAGACUGAAUAGAACAUUUGUUUCUGCUUACAGACGUAAAUAGGUUGGCUGCCUCAGAGAACAGGGCAUCUUCGGUAGAGCCCUGGUGGCUGGUCCGAACAAGCCAGGGGGCGCCAAAUGAGGUGCAGUCGCUUCUGCUUCCCGGCAGCUCUGGUUGCUCCGCUGCCUGCAGGCUGGCCAUGUGUCAGGUAGUGCUGCGCGGGCUCUGCCUGACCAGUGGCCAGCUUUGCAGGCAGCACAGCUCAUGGGAACACCAGGGUGGGGCGGGAUGGGAGAGCGAGCAGCAACCAGAGCUGGCAGGAAGCAGAGGCAGCUGCGCCUCAUUAGCCCCCCUCCUCCCCCCCGGCUCGUUAGAACCGGCCGCUACGGGGUAGAGCACCCAGUUCUCCCUUUCCCAAAGGCGAUUUCCAGGCUGCUCCAUUUUAAGUCUUUUAAGUGAUGACACAGACCUCUUCCAUUCGUUUUCCAGAGUUCCAAUAUAUAUGCUGGAAAUCCGUCUGGCACAUUCUAGGUGUGUCAUAUUUUUUAUCAUCAACUUCUCUAGGAAUUUGUGUUUGCCGUUUUAAUUGGAUUCGGUUUAGCAGUCGCGGUGUUUUGUACAGUUCUGUAUUGCUAAGCCACUUUGAGGGCCAUAUGGCAGACUAGUGGGAUACAAGUUUAAUAAAUGUGUGUGCUUUGCCUGUGCCUUGGUCAUUCCUGGUUAGAGUGCAUCCAGCCUGUCAAAGACGCAAGUUUUGGGUGGUGUAGAAAUACGCUACUUUAAAUAAAUAAAAUGCCGUGUGCACACA